GUGUCAAGCGGAGGCGCUGCUGGCUCCGCCGCGGCCGUGAUCCCGCACUCCGCCCGGCCGGCCACCGCGGCCAUGGGCGCCCCGCACCGAGCGCAGACCGCGUCCGGCGUCGAGCACCAGGCCCGGGUGGCGCCGGGCCCCUGCAUGGCCGGAGCGGGCCACCCGUCGGCCGGCAGGCCGCCCCCGGCCCGAGUGGGCUACUACGAGAUCGAGCGGACCAUCGGCAAGGGGAACUUCGCCGUGGUCAAGCUGGCCACGCACGUCGUCACCAAGGCGAAGGUGGCGAUUAAGAUUGUGGAUAAGACGCAGCUGGACGACGAGAACCUGAAGAAGAUCUUCAGGGAGGUUCAGAUAAUGAAGAUGUUGCGGCACCCUCACAUCAUUCGCCUCUACCAGGUGAUGGAAACGGAGCGGAUGAUAUAUUUAGUAACGGAAUACGCCAGCGGUGGAGAAAUAUUCGACCACCUGGUGGCUCACGGGCGGAUGGCGGAGAAGGACGCUCGGCGGAAGUUUAAGCAGAUUGUGGCGGCUGUGCAUUUCUGUCACUGCAGAAACAUUGUCCACCGCGACCUGAAGGCCGAGAACUUGCUGCUGGACCACAACCUCAACAUCAAAAUCGCAGAUUUUGGCUUUAGUAAUAUGUUCUCUCGGGGUCAGUUGUUGAAGACCUGGUGCGGUAGUCCUCCGUACGCAGCUCCAGAACUGUUCGAGGGCAAAGAGUACGACGGGCCCAAAGUGGACAUAUGGAGCUUAGGUGUGGUGUUGUAUGUGCUGGUGUGUGGAGCUCUCCCGUUCGACGGCAGCACUUUGCAGAACCUCAGAGCGCGAGUCCUCAGCGGGAAGUUCCGGAUUCCCUUCUUCAUGUCCACAGACUGUGAGUAUCUGAUCAGGCAUAUGUUAGUGUUGGACCCCAGUCGCAGGCUGACCAUGGAGCAGAUCUGCAAGAACAAGUGGAUGAAGCAGGGAGACCCAGACCCCGAGUUUGAAAGGUUGAUAGCGGAAUGUGAGCAGGUGAAGACGGAGAGGGAGACCGAACUGAUCAACGAGCAGGUCCUGAUGGCCAUGUCUGAGAUGGGACUGGACCGAGAGCGCACCUUACAGUCGCUGCACACUGACGCAUAUGAUCACUACAGCGCCAUCUACAGUCUGCUGCUGGACAGGCUGAAGAGGCACAAGACUCUCCGUGUUUCUCCGCCCACCCCGCGCCCCAUUGGCUACCCCCUCAACGCCGUGCAGGAUCAGGGUAACACUGUCAGUAUGACGGUUCCUCACGUUCAGCUCAUAAAUCCGGAGAACCAGAUUGUGGAGCCUGACGGGACAAUGGCACUGGACAGUGAUGAAGGGGAGGAGCCAAGUCCAGAAGCCAUGGCGCGGUAUCUGUCCAUGAGACGCCACACUGUGGGAGUGCCGGACCCCAGGGCAGAGAUGCAGGAGGAGCUGCAGAAGUUGGCCCCCGGUUUCGUGCGAGCAGUCCCCCAGCCCCCGUUCCCCCCGCUGCCCCCCACUAUGAUGCACAUCCCAGCAUUUAUGCCCACUCAGAGCCUCCAGCCCACACAGCAGCUCGAGUACAAGGAGCAGUCUCUCUUGCAGCCCCCUACUUUGCAGUUGUUGAACGGGAUGGGCCCGCUGGGUCGUCGAGCAUCGGACGGAGGGGCCAAUAUUCAGCUCCACGCCCAGCAGAUGCUCAAGAGGCCCCGGGGCCAGUCCCCACUCGUCACCAGUCCUCACCCAAUCCCGGCUGUAGCUCCGGUGGAUGAGGAAGGUUCUGACGGUGAGCCGGACCCCGAGGCAGUGCAGAGGUACUUGGCGAACAGCUCCAAGCGGCACACCACACACACCGCGGGGAGCUCAGGAUACACCUCGUCCGAGCUCUCGGCAGAGGCGCAGAGAGCGAGACUCCGGGGCUGGACCCCCGAACACUCACGGUCGUCCUAUAAGGACUGCAACACACUGCACCUGCCGAUGGAGCGCUUCUCUCCUGUGAGGCGGUUCUCCGACGGAGCCGCGACUAUCCAAGCUUUCAAAGCCCAGCUAGAGAUCAAACAGCUCAAACAGGAGUGUGAGCAGCUGCAGAAGAUGUACGCUGCCCCACAGGAUGAAAAACUACUGGAGCACACACAGCAACAGCACGUCCUCUACCAGCAAGAACAACAGAUCCUACACCAGCAAAUACAGGCCCUUUCUUUGGGACAUGGAGAGAACCAGCCCAGUCACCUUACCCACCAGCUUCAAAGGUUGCGUAUUCAGCCCUCCAGUCCGCCACCCACGCACCCCAAUAACCACCUCUUCAGGCCAGCCAAUCAGAGUCCUCCACCAGGGAGCCAGGCCAUGAUGCAGGGACAUGGCGGACCAUCGGCCGUCCAGUUCCAGCACGCCCCUGACCUGUAUCAGUCCUCCAGCGGCAGCCCACCCCCAAACGCCCUCCCCCGCAUGACGUUGCCCAGCCAGCCGCAGCAGCAGCCCCCUGGCCCCGCUCACGCCCCCGUCGGCCUGACGCAGGGUCUCCCGCAGCAGCAGCAGGUGACCAUCCAGGUCCAGGAAGUGGAGCUGGCGGGCGGCGCCCAGCGGCAGGGUUUCCUAGCAACGCCGUGUCACAGAGUUCUGGGGAAGCAACUGAGCGCGGACAACGCCGAAACGCACAGUCGUAGCCUGGGCCGCUUCCAGUGCUCCACGUCGGCAUAUGACCACGCCCAGUUCAACGCCCACCUAACCAGCGGCGUGGUAGGCACCUACAACCCCUACCUGCAUGGGGCGUCUCUGAAGGUGCCAGGUCUGGAGGGUGGGUACCAAGGUGCCGGCGGUGCAGGGGCGGUGGGCUACGGCAGCCCUUCGGCUCUGCAGCAGGCCCUGCUGUCCCCGACCCCUCUGGAGUACCGCACGGCGACACAGCAGCACGUCACCCCCAUCCUUCAAGGCUUGCUGUCGCCGCGCCAUUCUCUGACAGGCCACGCCGACCCCCGUCUGCCCCCACAGGACCUGGCUGCUCUCCUGAAGCGCCAGAACCCUCGCCCGGCCCCAUCCCCUUCCCCAUCACAGGCCCCGCCUGCCGCGGGCCAGGCCCAGCCUCCUGCAGCCCCUACCCCGCAGGACUACAGCGAGAUGCUGCUGCUUCGGCAGCUGCCGCCGGCCUCCGACGGCCUUGAGGCUCAGGCUCCGCCCCAGGCGCAGCACUACCACCAUCACCACCACCACCACCACCUGCUGCAGAUCCGCACCGAGUGCCCGCCCGCGCCUGCCCUGCCGCACUCCGAGAGCAUGGAGGAGGAUGACGACGUCCCUCACUUCCACGACGGCCUGCUGGCCAAGGCACCCGCGCCCGGACCCUGUACCGACGGACACGAGUUGCUGGCUCCACCCCGCGGGGAAACACCCCCUUACUCCUCCCCCACGCACAGACACGCCUACAUGCGGGGCGCGACGGCACAGAGAGCUGGUGGAGAUGUAGACUGUAGGGUGUUGGUUAUGGAGGGAGAUCCUAACGGAGCUGGUUACGGCUCUCGUCCUGCACAGGGCGACUCCUACCGGCCCCGCGGCUCGCUGCAGCGCCACCAUACCAUCCAGACCGCCGACGACGCUUAUGACCAGGCGGACCCAAUGUCUGGAAUGAGUUUAUUGGAUGGGAAGGCGUUAAGCUCCGCCCGCAUGUCUGAUAUCCUCAGCCAAACGUCGCUAACAGGAAGCCAGCAGCUCCGUCAGAGGGAGGAGUCAGUGUGCGAUGUGGAGGGAGAGCUGCAUUCGGCUGCCUGUUACCCCUCCUCCUGUACCAGCGACAUGCUGCUAACCUACAAACCCCAGGACCUUCAGUACAGCAUGGAGCAGGCCGGGGUCUAAAUACACAGGGGUCCGCGCAGUGUACAAAGCUCCAUAUCCGUCUCCUGUGUUCAGCUGCGUCAUGCCAAAAUGCCAUCGUCUGUCUGUAGGGGGCGCUGUAGGUCCUGUAGUCGUGUCCAGCAGCCGGGAUGGAGGGGAGGGGAGGGAGUGGGUGGGGUGCU